CCUCCAUUGAUAACGCACGUCAUGGAUGCGGAGCACAAGGAUUACGCAUACAAGAAUGAAAUUUCCUUGUCUAUUGGCGACGACAGUGUAGAUUCAACGACUUCAACCCCUUCAACGAUUACGCCACCCGCACAUCCAACUCCAUCACCACGUCAAAAUAUCAACGAAGACACUAAGCCGUUAACAAAAAAAUCUGUCGAAAUGUCAAAACCUGAAGGCAUUGACAAUAAAGCUUUCGAAGCAACAGAGAAAUCGUCUGGAAAGCCGCUAUCAUCAUUUGGUAAUGGUCACAGCAACGGCCUAAAUGAUUCAGCUACGAAUAGUGCAAAUAAAAAUGGUCAAAUAAAUGAAAAGAAAUUAGCAGAAGCUGUUAAUUUAGAGUUAAUAAAUAUUAAUAGUAAUAAUAAUAAUGCGAAAAAGCCAACGGCCACAAAUGGCAAGCAUAACAACAACAAUGAUUUGCCUGUGAAAAAGGACGGCGGUGAUGUUGAAAUGGGAACGAAUAAGAAUGAUUCAUAUGAUGAAUAUUUCGUGCCAGUUAAUGAGCAUCGAAAAUACAUGAGCUUAUCAAAACCCCGUAAGCUUCAUGGCGUUGAUCGUAACGGACUGUCAAUUGAAUCUCCUGAAUACGGAAUUGUUAAUUAUAACGAAUGGAUCGAUAACGUCUCGAGAGGUGAGAAAUUAUAUGUGACGAAAGAUAAACGUGCAAACCCCAACAAGAAUAGACUGUGCUGGAUAUUAUGUAUUGGAUUGGUUGCAAUUGUUAUUCUAUUGGGCAUUCUUGCUGCAUUGCCGAAUACUUUGGAAGGUCAAAUCACGCUGUCAAAUGCUGAAUAUUCGAAUGAAUAUAACGAUCCAAACUCUCCAAUUUACAAGAAACUCAUAAAAGAUUUGGAAUAUGAGUUGAAGAAUGCAUUGUCAGAAAACGGCAAUGAAGAAUUCUUCAUUAAGAUUAUUGGCCUCAAAUCCGGAUCAGUAGUUGUUGAUUAUCGUGUCAGCUGGAAGAAUCCAAAUUCUGAACUUUCCGCUGAAGACAUGAGUAUGAGAAUUCAAAACUUCUUGCAGAGAAACAAUCAAUUGUUCAUGAGUCGAUAUCUUGUGAAUAAAAAUACAAUUCGCACUGCCAGAGUCCCUGACCGAUGUGCUGCCGAAGACAGAAAUGAAUGUGAUGAGGGUUGUAUCUUUGAUGCCGAAUUAGUCGAUUUUAUGUGCACCUGUCCAAAAGGAUUUAAAUUUGAUGACGAUUUCAAAGAAUGUGUCAACGAUUAUGAUUCAAUUUACGUUUCCCCUCCAACAAAUUCUGAAGAACCUUCUGAAGAACUUAAAGCAGAGCCAGAGCCAUCUGGUGAACCGAAAUCGCAUGACCAUGACCAUGAUCAUGACCAUCAUCAUUAUCAUCAUCACAGUGGCACAGAUAGCGCUCCUGAACCUUCUGGUGAGCCGAAAUCUGAGCCCGAGCCAACGACAAACUCAAAUUAUGAUUCAACAAGUGUUCAUCAAGAUCAUGUUCAUCAUCAUAUUCAUGUAUUUGGAUCUCAAGAUUCAGAACCAACAAGCGAACCUAAAUCUGAACCAGAACCAACAAGCGAACCAAAAUCUGAACCAGAACCAACUAGCGAACCAAAAGCAGAUGAUGAACAUCAUCAUGUUCAUGUUUUGACUGAUUCGAAAUCUGAACCAGAAGCAACAAGUGAACCGAAAUCUGAGCCAGAACCUUCAAGCGAACCAAAAUCAGAACCUGAACCUACAAGCGAACCAAAAGCAGAUGAUGAUCUUCAUGAUCAUAUUCACGUUCAUGUUUCAAAUGAUUCAAAAUCUGAACCAGAAGCAACAAGUGAACCAAAAUCUGAACCGGAGCCAACAAGUGAACCAAAAUCUAAACCGGAAGCAACAAGCGAACCAAAAGCUGAACCGGAACCAACAGGCGAACCAAAAUCUGAUGAUGAUUAUCAUCACGUUCAUGUUCAUGUUUCAACUGAGUUGAAAUCUGAACAGGAGGCAACAAGUGAACCAAAAUCUGAACCGGAAGCAACAAGCGAACCAAAAUCUGAACCGGAACCAACAGGCGAACCAAAAUCUGAUGAUGAUCAUCAUCACGUUCAUGUUCAUGUUUCAACUGAGUUGAAAUCUGAACAGGAGGCAACAAGUGAACCAAAAUCUGAACCGGAAGCAACAAGCGAACCAAAAUCUGAACCGGAACCAACAAGUGAGCCGAAAUCUGAACCAGAACCAACUAGCGAACCAAAAUCUGAUGAUGAUCGUCAUCAUAUUCAUGUUCAUGUCUCAACUGACUCAAAAUCUGAACCGGAAGCAACAAGUGAACCAAAAUCUGAACCAGAACCUUCAAGCGAACCAGUUUCUGAACCUGAACCUACAGCCGAACCAAAAGCAGAUGAUCAUCAUGAUCAUAUUCACGUUCAUGUUUCAACUGACUCAAAAUCUGAACCAGAAGCAACAAGCGAACCAAAAUCUGAACUAGAACCAUCAAGCGAACCUGAUUCUGAUUCAAAAGCAACAAUUACGAACACAACUAAUGAGAAUUCUUCAGUAUUUAUUUACAACGGAGACAAGAAAUCAAAACUUUUAGAGGAAGAACAAGAAAGAGUUGACGAAUCUUCGGCAAGAAGCAAACCAGUUAUCGAAGAAGUUGAAGACACUCCACGACCGACAGAAAAUUAUUUCUCAGUCUCACGAUCAAAAGAUUUGAAGAAUGACGUCAAUGUUUUCGAUAUGAAUUCAACUGUACAAUCAUCAUCACAAAAUAAUGGAACAGUCUAUUCAACAUCGACACCAAUCCAACUUUGGACGACCGAGAACACAACACAAGCUGAACCUGAAACUCAUGACAUGUCACCGUUCUUACCGAUAGUUGAAAAUGUUAAUCAGAAGAUGAAUGAAAAGAUUUAUUCUGUUACUGAAAAUGUUUCAGAAGUUGAAACUCCGCACAAUCAAUCGCCUUUCUUACCAGAAAUUGAGAAUAAUGAAACUUUACAUCACAUUCUCAAUGGUGCACAUGGAAUGAUCAUGUCAGAAGAAUCAACUGAAGAUGCCAACAAAACUUUUUCAAUAACAGUUUCGUACUCAAAUGAAUCUCAUACUGACUCUCCAAUAAUCAAAGUUGUGCCACUAACAACAACUGUUAUCCCUGUUGAAUCAACAACAGCUGCUUCAAGCUCUUCCACUCAAUUGCCAAUUCUUCUUGAUGUUACUGCUACCGAAUCAUCUUCAACAACGACGACUGAAAAAACCGAUGAAGAAGUUGAAAAAGAAGAAGAAGAAAAUCAAAACCUCUUUGGUGAAGAAGUUGAAGUUGAGAAUGAAAAUGACGAGAAAGAAACAACAUCGGAAAUUCCAAUUGCUGUAAUGAAUGAAACAACAACUUCUGAAUCUCAAUUGACAACAAAUUUAUCUGAAAGUUCCGAUUCACUUUCACCAAUUGCUGUAGAAAGUUCAACGACACCAGUCCCAUCCACAACCACUGAAAUGCUUCAAACAACGUCAUCACUUGAUUCAUCAUCAUCAACGACAACAAAUUCUCUUAUAAAAUCAGUUGCUGAAUUCAUUUUAGGACCAAAUGAAAAAUUCCAAACUAUUUCUGAACCAUUAACAACAACAACAGCAGCAAGUGAGGCAACAUCAUCAACAAUGAAGGAAGAUUCAACAGUUGAGACUUCAACAAGUUUGAAUAAUGAUGACGGCAUUAUCGAUGAUAUCAUCUCAAGAAUCACUUUAAAUGAUUUCAAACAAUUCGAAGACAACAAUCUUAAAGUCCUUCCAUUGACGACAACAACAGAAGCAAAUCUUUUAACGAGUGAAAAUGAGAUCACAGAAAAGACUGAAACAACUGGUCAUUUUUUAGAGCAAACGACGUUUCCUUCGACUAGUUCGGACUCGACUGAGACGUCAGCUACACGCAACGCCAAAAUUUUACCUGAUAAUUACUUCAAGAAUACCACCGAAGAGAAGAAGACUCAACAAUCGUUAGCUGACAACAUUGAAGAUAAAAUUAAGUUGUUCAAAGAAGGAUUCUUACAAAAACUUGAUAAUGGAUUUGAUAAGCUUUUAUGUUCGGAUGGAAAGUUCAAAUGUGAGCUUGGAAAUGAAUGCAUUUCACUGUUCAAAGUAUGUGAUGGAAAAGCUCAAUGUUCUGAUCAUUCUGAUGAAUGGAAUUGCUUUAAUGUCAUCAACAACACAAACAUUCUUCAAGUGAAAAAAGAAGAUAAAUAUUUUAAAGUUUGUGCAACAUCAUGGACAGGCGAUUUGUCAAAUAAAGUUUGCAAUAAGUUGGGAUACUCUGGUGCUGAUGGAUGGAAGAAUAACAGAGAUGCAGCAACUAAUGAUGAUAAAUAUUUGAUUGCAAAGUCGGGAGGUUUGGAGGAUUUGGAGUUUGUUGAAUCAUGCAAUGAUGGAUUAGUUGAAAUUGAGUGUACAAAUUACGAAUGUGGUGCUAACUCAACAUCAAACGCUGAUUCUGGUGAAUUUGCAAGCAUAGCUUUAGUUGUCAAUCGCGAUUCAAGUUUACGUUGCACUGCCAGCAUCAUUUCUCCACUUUGGGCCAUGACAAGUGCUGAUUGCGUAAGUAAACCGGAUCAAGAAUGGAUUUUAAUUGCUGGAAGUACUGAAUUGAACAUGAGCAAGAUCAGCAAGAAUAGCGUCAUUAGUUUAAUUGGAAACAUUGUAACAUAUCCUGAAAGUGACUUUGCAUUACUCGAACUGAAACAAGUUCUCACAUUUACAAAUCAAAUUUAUUCAGCUUGUCUUAAUGAGAAACGUGUAGAUAUGUCGAAAGAAUGUUUAACAACUGGAUGGUUGAUAACUGAAUCAAAUAAUGCUUAUGAGAAGUAUGAAAAGAUCGUUUCUGUUGAACAUAAUUGUACAGCACCAUCUGAUGAUAUUUGCGUGUCACAUCAAAACAGAUUAAGCAGCGAAUGUUUCAACGAUAAAGGUGCAGCAUUGUAUUGUUACUCGAGCUAUCACCGAAGAUGGCUUCUUAAUGGUAUUCAAAACAAACAGAGCGAUUGUCAAGACACGACAAAACCAUCAAUCUUCGCCAAUCUUUCAUCUAAAAUCAUGAAAUGGAUUCAAAACACGGUUGGAAACAGCCGAAUGUUUGCUUAAACAUCAACAAAACAAAAAAUCAUUUUUUAAUUUUAAGGGGAAAUUAAAAGCAAAGAAAUCUUUUAAACAUUUUUGAAAAUUUUCCCUUCCAUCACCUAGUCGCAAAAAUUUUUUGUGCCAAUUUUCAAUGUAAAUUUUAUGCACGAAGACAAAAUAUCUACGCAUAAAAAGAAUCUUAAUGAGAUACAAAACGUAUCUAAAAUAUAAUUUUGGGUCAAACGACAAUAAAAUUCAUAAAACAAUAAAAGAAAAAGUUUUAAUCAAAUAUUUCUUCUUUCAAAAAGCGUAAUUAAAAUAAGUUAAAGUUGUGACUUAAAAUAUUUAGAAAGGAAAAAUAAUUUGUAAUCGAAAAGCAAAUUUCAAGAAUGAAGAAUAACAUGAUAGCUUGAAGUAUUUUACACUAGGAUUUGUAAGAAGGUAAAUAUUAUUUGAAAAGGAGAUUGUUUAACAAUAACUCAUUCGGAUUCUUUUGAAAAACGUCACAAUUCUCUUAUUUACUUUUUAUGUUUAAGUGUAGUAAUAUGUCGAUGAUGUCACAAGUUAAAGAAGGGACAAAAGCAGUUCAGGAACAGCUUUUGGUAUGAAUUAAAGGUAUCUGAAGAAUGAUACUUAAAUAUUAAUAUCCUUUCAUUGUAGCAUGAAUACAUAUAAAUAUU